AUGGCUGAGGAGGAGCUGGAGGCUCUGAGGAAGCAGAGGCCGGCCAAACUGCAGGAGAAGCAUGGGGAUCCUGGCGAUGCAGCACAACAGGAAGCAAAGCACAGGGAAGCAGAAAUGAGAAACAGUAUCUUAGCCCAAGUCCUGGAUCAGUCAGUCCGGGCCCGCUUAAGUAACUUAGCACUUGUAAAGUCCAAACAAACUAAAGCAGUAGAGAAUUACCUCAUACAGAUGGCAAGAUAUGGACAACUAAGUGGGAAGGUAUCAGAACAAGGUUUAAUAGAAAUCCUUGAAAAAGUAAGCCAACAAACAGAAAAGAAAACCACAGUUAAAUUCAACAGAAGAAAAGUCAUGGACUCUGAUGAAGAGGACGAUUAUUGAAAUUUAAGAUGUU